AUGGAGCUUGCUGGCCUCAUGGUCGGCGUCGCCGGCCUCGCGGGCAUCUUCAGCUCCUGUGUGGGAGCCAUUGAGAGAGUACAGUCCUAUCAGGCAUACACCGCUGAGUCGGGGGCUCUUGAAACACGCUUCAAGGUCGCCAGAGUCCGUUUCGAAGCGUGGGGUUCAGCUGUCGGGAUACAACACGACAGAUUCCUAGCCGACCAUCAUCCUGCAUUGGAUGACCCAAGCAAAAUAGAGGUGAUAGCCGAAAUGCUGCAAAUCAUCCUGAAGGCGAUAUGUGAUGAGAAUCACAAGUUCCCGAAACAAACCCGUCUGUCUAAGCCCAGCGACAAUGCGACCCUGAGAUCUAACGGGACUCAUGCCUCGACAUCAUCCGAAUCCAAGAAACGCAGGGUACAAUGGGCACUCUGGGGUAAGGAUGGUCGAAUUGAAAAGGUUGAAUUGUUUGAGAAGCUGGUGGACGGGUUGUACCACCUCGUGUCACCUCCAGGGAGAGGGGAAACGAUAACAUCACCGCCUCAAUAUGGAGACGCAAUCGUACCAGAGCUCGACAUGCACCAAAAUGGGCUUGAUGAUAUACGGCGCAUCAUUGUUCGCUGGGAUAAUCAAAUCAAAGCCAAGUUCCUUCGUGAAAUCUAUAUCUGGCUAGGUCACCAUUCUCCAACCGAGUUCUACCAAGAGGCCCUCCAAAAGAAGGUGGAUGGUACCUGCGACUGGUUUCUUCACCAGCCUGCCUUCAUAAGCUGGCUGAAUGCCUCUGCCUCUCGGAACUUGCUAUGGGUUCAUGCCCCUGCAGGAUUUGGGAAAACUGUCCUCUGUGCUCGAAUUGUGGACUAUCUCUCAUCCACCGAAGUAUUACCCGUCGCGUACUUUUUCUUCUCGUCUGAGAGUGAAGGUUCUAGGGAUCCUUUCGUUGCCAUCAGGUCCUGGGUCUCUCAGCUCGUAUCAUGUGACUCAGACGCAGCUGCAUUUGAAGACGUUCUUGGGACAUGGGAAGCUGACCAUGACCCAGUUGCAUCGCGUUCUACUGUCCUUGAGAUUUUCACACAGCUCCUUUCGAUGAUUCCCGGUUGCAUUCUUAUUGCCGACGGCCUUGAUGAAUGCCUGGGAUCUAAUCAAGGAAAUACGACAGUAUCGAGCUUUAUACGUCAUGCCAUUCAUUCCGUAGCUACGACAAAUACUAGGGUUCUAUUUGUCAGUCGCGAUGAACCUAGUAUACGAACUGCUCUUGCCAGCUCGCCAGAGAUACUUACCGAAUACAAGAUCUCAUCCACCGACGUUCAGUCUGACACGGCUGCUUACUCUCAUGAAAUUGUCAAAAAUAUGCUUCCCAACAAGACCGACGAUGUUCGGUCAACUCUUUCUGAAGCAAUGGCUGCUCGGUGUGAUGGCCAGUUUCUCUGGCUCAAAUUACAGGAAAACUCUCUCAGAAAGGGACUGAACAAAAAGCAACUUCAGAAAGUCAUACAAAAUACACCCCCUGGGCUCGAGUAUAUUUAUGAUAAAAACUGGCACCGAAUCACAAGUCUACAGCCAGACGACCAAAAUCGGGCCAUCUGCAUUCUUCGGUGGUUGGUCUUCGCUCUACGUCCACUUACAGUGAAGGAGAUUACGGAAGCUGUCCUCAUCAUGGGGUCGGAUGAGUUAUCAUCAGAAGAUUUGCCUGAUGAGAUAGACGAUGACUAUAUUGAAACUGAAAUAAUUGGUCUUUGUGGGACCCUCUUGGAAAUCCGGAACUCGUCUGCCAGCUCUCUUCCGGGAGGCCGAACACUACACAUACCACACUUUUCCGUGCGAGAGUACCUUCUUUCGAGGCUGCCCGCCCCUUCGUUUAUCGAGGAAAAUGGGGUCCUUAACGCAAGUUACGAGAGAGUCCAACAUACGCUUCUAGCGAAGACUUGUAUUCAAUAUAUAAGCCUCACCCAAGUCUGGGACGAUUCUCAACAGCUACCAGAUGACCCGCUACCGAGCGUGGCGUUUCGAGAUUAUGCUGCUACCCGAUGGUACGAGCAUGCAAGGUUGGGCCUGGCAGAUCACCCCGUGAUAGUCAUGCUGUGUCUCGAGUUUUUCCAAGAAGAAAAUGCCGCUUGGGUUGAGUGGAGAAACUUGUUCGAGUUGAACAACAAAAGCAAAAAGAGACACCGGCUUGAGCGUGUCCUUCCAAGCCCCCUUUUUUAUGCGGCGAAGUUGAAUUUGGCUAAAGUGGCGGCUCUUUUAGCGACAAGCACUGAUGUUAAGGGAGCAAGCAGUCACGGACGAACGCCUUUGGGUGCGGCCUGCUCUAAAGGGAACUUGAACAUUGCCGAGUUACUUACCAAGCAAGGGGCCAAGGUUGAUGCCGCGCCAGGCUCGAACGGGGUGACGCCGCUGCACAAGGCAUCAAAACAUGGGUUCAUCGAGCUUGUGAAACUUCUCUUAAGAGAGGGAGCUGAUAUUCAGGCAGUUGAUGUAUUUGGGUGGACUCCGAUGGCAGUAGCAACUAUGCGUGGACAUACUGACGUAGUCACGCUCCUUAUAGAUAACGGCGCGGCCGUUGAGGUUUGUACAUCUGAUGGCUCUAGUCCACUGAUAUUGGCCUGCGCCAGAGGCCAUUCUCAUGUUACGAAACUCUUCUUGGAGAGGGGCGCUUCUAUUUCCUCGGAGGGUCGAUUGAGGAAUACCCCUAUGCAUUUAGCUGCCUGCAAUGGCCACCUCGAGGUUGUGAGACUCCUUCUGGAACAUGAGGCUGGCGUUGUAGCUCCUAUUGAUCACGAGGGAACUUUUGAAGGGUGUGAAGAAAGUGGAAUUUCUAACAGAAAGAAUAUCGUUGGUGAUUCGCCUUUGGCCUUAGCCGCCAGUAACGGCCAUCUUGAAGUUGUGCGAGUUCUCCUAGAGCAUGAGGCUACAGUUGCGACGACUGAUAGACAUCAGAGAACACCUUUGCAUUUUGCCGCAGUUCUUGGCAAUGUUGAGAUGGCAAGGCUCCUCCUCGAUAAGGGAGCAGACGCCGUAGCCCAAGAUGCCUCUGGAUACACCCCAUUAUUAUGUUCAGCAAAGAGGAACCACAGCGAAUUAGUCAAACUUCUUUUGAGUAGAGGAGCAUCUGUUGGGUCUGCAGAUCAAGCUGGGGUGACUUCACUGAUGCAUGCAUCUGGACUUGGUCAUGUUGAAACUAUCAGAGUUCUUCUGGAACGAGGAGCUGAUGUCUCGGCUAAGAGUGAGGGGGGGACUCCGUUAUCAUUUGCAUCCGAAGAUGGCCACGUCGAAGCUACGAGGAUUCUCCUGGAUAGAGGAGCUGACAUCGAAGCUGCGGAUAAUUUCGGGUGGACUUCUCUGAUGGUCAGUUCUCAAAACGGCCAUACCGAAGCUGUCAAGAUCCUCUUGGAACGAGGAGCUAAUACUGAAGCUUUGGAUGCCAUUGGGUGGACUCCAUUGAUGCUUGCUUCCCAAAAUGGUCAUAUCGAAAUUAUCAAGAUUCUCUUGGAAAAAGGAGCCGAUGUCGCGGCCUCGGAUACUGAUGGAUGGACUUCACUUAUGAUUGCUUCCCGGCAUGGUCAUGCAGAAGCUCUUAAGCUGCUGUUAGAAAAGAGCGCCGAUCCUGCCCUUGCCGAUACCCAGGGGCAAACUGCCCUACAUAUGGCAUCCGAGAACGACUUUUGCGAGAUUAUAAGCCUGCUUCUCAACACGUCUGCUCCCAUUUCCAAUAAGCAGGAUCAAUGUGGCCGCACACCUUUGUUUAUGGCCUCUGUACUUGGACAUCAUCAAGCGGUGAAGACCUUGUUGUCAGAUAGCCGAGUCGAUCGAAACAUGAAGGACUGGCGCGGGUCGACCCCAUUGUUUACUGCAGUGGCCAAUGGCCACUACGAAACGACACAACUUCUGAUCUCCGAGUCUACAGAUCUAGAGGCUCAAAGUGGUGCCAGACGGGAUUUGCUAUGGUGGGCGCAGCGCAGCGGAAACCUACAAGUCGUUCAGAUGAUUAAGGAGCAUGCGCAAAGUAUGGGUAGGCCAUUUGCCGAUGAAGCGGGGGAUUGCGCUGUGGAAGUUGUUGCGUUCGAUCCGGAGAAUGGUUUCUGCGAUGCCUGUACUCUCAGCUUCUCAAGUCAGACCUACUACGAAUGUCGCCCAGAUCACAAUUUCGGGCUUUGUCAGGAGUGCUUUGGCGAAGGUAUUAGGUGCCCUAACUCGACACACGAAAUGAUACUCGACGUUAGACCUUCGGAUUCUCAUGAUGAGUCUGACGACGAGCCAUAG